AUGCCGGUGUUUCACACGAAAACCAUCGAGAGCAUAUUGGAACCCGUCGCCCAACAGGUAUCCCGGUUGGUAAUUUUACACGAAGAUGCCGAAGAUGGAAGUGCUAUGCCAGACUUGGAAAAGCCGGUUCAAGCUGUCAGUCGUGCAGUUAUGAACCUUAUCAAAGUGGGAAAAGAAACUAUAAACAGUAGUGAUGAUCCAAUACUCAAACAAGAUCUUCCUUCAGCACUUUAUCGUGUUGAAGGGGCAUCCCGUUUACUUGAAGAAGCUUCAGCCAUGUUAAAACAAGAUCCAUAUAGUGGACCAGCCCGGAGAAAACUGAUAGAAGGAUCUAGAGGCAUUUUGCAGGGAACAUCAUCCUUGUUGUUGUGUUUCGAUGAAUCUGAAGUCAGAAAAAUCAUUAGAGAGUGUAAAAAAGUUUUGGAUUAUUUAGCUGUUGCCGAAGUCAUUGAAAGUAUGGAAGACUUAGUGCAGUUUCUUAAAGAUUUAAGUCCAUGUCUAAGUAAAGUAUCCCGAGAAGUAGGAGCUCGUGAAAAAGAGCUUACUCAUCAAGUUCACCGUGAUAUACUUAUUCGAUGUCUUGAUCAAGUUAAGACAUUAGCUCCAAUACUUAUAUGCAGUAUGAAGAUUUAUAUUCAUAUUCUUUCAGAAGGAGGUAAGGGUGCUGCUGAAGCAGCUGAGAAUAGAGAUUAUCUCACUAGCCGAAUGACAGGAGAGUUAUUAGAAAUAAUAAGAGUAUUACAGCUGACAACUUAUGAUGAAGAUGAAUGGGAAGCUGAUAACAUAACUGUAAUGCGAAAAGCUCUUAAUGUAAUUGAAGGUAAAGUCCAUACUUCUCACGAUUGGUUACAAGAACCAUUGUCAAUGCCUGGUGGUCUGGGUGAAAAGUCUAUUCGUCAUUUACUUGAACAAUCUCAUUUAAUAUCAGAACGCUGUUCACCUAAAGUCCGAGAGCCAAUACAGAAAUUGUGUUCGGAAAUCAAUACUAUGACUGACGCUCUUUGCGAACUAAGACACGAUGGAAAAGGUGCUACUGCUCAAGCAGAAAGCUUAUCGCGUAGCAUUGAUGAAAGAAUUGGGGAGUUAGUGAAACUAGUAACAAGAGCAGUUAAUGACACAGAUAAAAGUGGAGUUGCUGCUAAAGGACAGCAAGUGGCUCAUACACUUGGCGGACAAUUGGAUCAAGCUAGACAAUGGUUGUUACAUCCAGAAAGAAAUGAUAAUGGCUUGGGGCAAAGAGCCAUUUUGUUGAUAACUGAUGAAGCACAUAGGGUGGCUGAUGGACUUCCCGGUGUUCAAAGAGCAGAAAUAUUAAAUCUUUGUGAUGAGGUUGAUAUGUUAUCUCAACAAUUAAGUGAUUUAUGUCGUCGGGGUGAAGGUAAUUCCCCUCAAGCACAACAAAUAGCCAGAAAAUUAUCUCACAAGUUAGACGAGUUGAAAAAAAUGAUACAAGAUGCAGUGGUCAGUCGUGUUGUAGAAGAUUUUGUUGACAUAAAUACACCAUUAAAACAAUUUACAGAUGCUGUGCAUGUACCAAAAGGAACUCCUGGUAGAGAGGCGAACUUUGCUGAUAGAGCAACUAGAUUAUCUGAAUGGUCAAAACGUGCAGGCCGAACUGGACGACUAGUAGCUGCAACUGGUAGUGGUGGAAAAAAGUUGUCUGAAGCUCUAAAUCAAGCUGCUACACAACUUGAAUCUCUUGGACCUCAGUUGAUAAAUGGUGGACAAAUCCGAUCACAGUACUCUGAUAAUAAAGUAGCUGGAGAGCAUUUUGACAAUUUAUGUUCUCAGUAUGCUGAUACAGCAACACACAUAAGAAAUCUUUGUGAUGAGGCUACAGAUUCAGCAACUUUUAUUCGACUAUCUGAGGACCAAAUGCGUAAACAUGCAAAACUAUGCGAGGAUGCUAUUGCCAGGCACGACCCUAAUAAAAUGGUAGAACAUACGACAGCUAUUGCUCGUUUAGGAAACAGAGUAUAUCAAGUUGCCAAGCAGGAGGCUGACAAUUCUGAAGACCCUGUGUUCCACGCAACAUUAAAUAGAGCAGCAGAUAUCUUACAAGCUGCUGUGGCAAGAAUGGUUCAAGAUGCUAAGCCAGUAGCAUUAAAUACCAAUAAUGAUCAAGCUGUUAAACGUUGGAGAGAAUCUAAUAAUGUGUUGUUGGAUGCGGUCCGCGGUGUGCGCGGAGCUAUCACUGUUGUACCAGACCUGUAUGAGUUGUCUAUCGAGCCCGAAAUAGCUCCUCCUCGUCCACCAUUGCCAGGUGAACAGGCACCUCCACCAAGACCUCCAUUACCAGCUGAAACUGAUGAUGAAGAUGAAAUGUUCAAACAUGCCCCAUUACCUAAUCAACCUAUUAUGGCUGCGGCUCAUGGACUUCAUCAAGAAGUGAGACAGUGGUCUAGUAAAGAUAACAAGAUCAUUGCUGCCGCAAAGAAAAUGGCACUUUUAAUGGGCAGGUUAUCCCAAUUGGUUCGUGGACAGACAGGUACCAAACGUGAUCUUAUUGCUUGUGCUAAAGCAAUUGCUGAAGCUUCCGAGGAAGUGACACGAUUAGCCAAGGAAUUGGCUAGGGAGUGUACUGAUAAGAGAAUGAGAACUAACUUGCUGCAAGUGUGUGAACGUAUACCAACCAUUGGUACUCAACUAAAAAUCUUAUCGACAGUCAAAGCAACUAUGUUGGGAGCCCAUGGCUCAGAAGAAGAUCAAGAAGCUACAGACAUGUUAGUGGGUAAUGCACAGAACCUGAUGCAGUCUGUUAAAGAAACCGUUCGAGCAGCCGAAGCAGCUUCAAUUAAAAUAAGAACUGACACUGGUAUACGGUUAUGUUGGGUCAGACGUCAACCAUGGUAUCACUACUAA